UCACACAUUAAUGUUAAGCGGGAGAGUGAAACAGAGACAGCAAGCAGCAGUUUGAGGAUGGGAGAAGUAUGGAGUGUGGUUCCCCUUGUUGUGGUAAUAGUUAGUGUUUUUGGUUUUGGAUGGAGUCUGCUUCACCUUCUUCUUCUUGCUACUCAGACUUGCCUUGGCCAUAUUGAGAAACUUCCGACAAAUCCAAACGUUACAUACUGUGUCUACGAUUCUAAUGUCAUAACUGGUUACGGAGUGGGCGCUUUCUUGUUUCUCUUUUCAAGCGAAUCACUUUUAACAGGUGCGACAAAGUGCAUGUGUUUUCGAAGGGCAUUAGCCCCCCGUGAAGAUCGAGCUUGGUCCAUCAUCUAUUUUAUCGCAUCAUUGUCGACUUUUCUGGUUGCGGAAGCAUGUCUAAUUGCAGGUGCAACGAAAAAUGCAUACCAUACCAAGUACCGCGGAGCCAUAUUUGCUCAAAAUUUCUCUUGUGAAUCACUGAGAAAAGGUGUUUUUAUUGCUGGAGUCGUGUUCGUGGUUGCAACAAUGAUUCUUAACUUUUUUAACUAUAUGUACUUCUCCAAGGCUGCUGCCGCUGAGACGACCCAAAAAGGAAAUCGCACAAGUUCAAACGUCGGGAUGGCCGGGUAUGCGUAGAGUCAGGUCCGAUCUUAGGCAUAGGCCACUAAGGCCUAUGCCUAGGGCCACAUAUUUU